GUCGCGUUGCCAUGGGAGCGGGCGGCGGGCAUGGCCGGCACUGCGGGGCGCGGAGAGCGGGCGGGAGCCGUGCUGCUGCUGCGGGUUCGAGAAGAUCUGCACAAGCUUAAAGACAAGGUGAAAAAUAUCAGCUUGAAAGGGAAUGUGGAAGCUGAGGAUAUCAGCGACCUGGAAACUGCAAUUGAAAGGACUGAGUUUGGGCUGCGAAAACAUGCCGAAAACUAUUUAAGUGCUGUAAGCAGACAAGUGUUAACUAUUUCUGCUACUGACAAUGAAGAAGUACAUUCCAAACAGCCCCCUGAAUGGGGCCUUCAAUGUGGUGCUUCUGAGAACCAGCUGGUUUUACCACCGGUGCCCGUUGAGCCCAUGACUGCCCAGGCCUGCAGCAGAGCAGCACUGUGCCUUUCUCCAGGCUCACAGAAGCAGCUAGAAAUGGAUAUGAAGGUUAUGCUUGACCCAGAAAACAUCAAUAAGAAAGCUGUUUUGAAACAACAGAGCUAUGAGACCAGGCUGCCACGUAUAACUAAGAAAAAGCCUGCUCCUACACGUAGUCAGAAGGGAGUGAAGGGUCAAACCACCAGCCAGCUUGGGGUUUUGCCUGCCUCUCAUCGUGUGGACUCUCCCUUACCCCUGUUAGAAGAAGAUAUGAAGAAAGAUAUUCUGAGCCUAACUGAACGAAGGCUUAUCCCUCCAGCAGCAAAGGUAACUCUUCAGACACCUGUUGUAUCCAAAGCAGCUCCUCUCCAUGAAUUCCACAGGCAGCACAAGAAGUCAGCUAUAGGAGAGAUUAGUAGUAAGGUGGAACCUGUGAGUACAGACACUUCCACCUUUCCAAGCUCAAUGGAAGCAACUGGCGGCUCAUACUCCUCUGGCAAAGGUAAUACUGCAUCAUUGCUACCCAGCUGCUCCCUGGAUUCGACCAGAAAAUCAAAGCCAAUGCACUCAUACCCGGCUCAGCAGCUUCAGUGUGAGCUGCAGGCUGCACAGACACAGGAUCCAUCUCCUGACUGCAACAUUGCUGUUUACCACGGCACUAUAGACCAGACUGCUCCAGGCUUUCUGGCAUUCAAACAACGUCAUUGUUUGUCCUGGGGGAGCAUUGUCUAUUUUUUGGAACGCACGGAGAAGCUGCUCAAGGACUACGCCGUACCAUUGGCUACAAUAAGCUGUCAGAAGUUGGUGGAAGCAGCAUCGGACUUUGUGCUUAACGAGAAUCCCACCAAAAGUGACAUACUGGCAGUGAUAAAGAAUCGAUCGACUGUGGAAAAGAUUUUAAAUCGACCUGGCCAAAGAUACAAAGGCCAAGGGGGUACUGAAAUGGCGGCUAUAAAGAUCCAGGCAGCGUGGAGACGUUACCAGGCCAGGAGAGCCUACGUCCGGUUCAGGCGGCAGCAGUGGGCAUCAGGUGUGAUUGCCAUUUCUUGGCUCCUGCACAAUCACAUGGCACGUGUGAAAAAGAGCCUGAAGGAAUCACGUCAGAGACACCUGGAGAAUUUUUACAUCAGGGCCAAGCAUCUGGCAGCCAACUGGAAUCGCAUCAGGACCUCCAGGAGGACUAUUAUCCAUAUCCCAUCAUUAGGAUAUUCCCAGAGCAUCCGUGAACAUAUUCCUGAUCUUGCUCUUCAACAGAACUUGCAGCUGGGAAGGCUGUGCGACAUCCUGGAUGCCAACGUGGACGUCAUCUACAUCUGCCCCCUUCGUCUGAGUGAGGAGUUACUGCAGUAUUACAAUAAACUCCUGGGUCUGCAGGCAGCUGUUAGAUCUGGGAACCCUGAGGACAUGAGUGACCUGCAGGACAGGUUCAAAAUUCUCACCCCUGAAGCUAUAAACAGCUUCCCUAAGCAUCACAUGUGCCUAGCCACUCAGCUGAAGUACAGUCCCAAGACAAUCCAAAGAAUAAAAAUCCUUAUCCAGAGUAGAGAUGCCUACAUUGUCGGAGGGGUUCCCCACAAAGAUGAUCUAGCAGUGGCUGACAUGUUAAAUGUGCCUAUAUUGGGCUCGGUGCCAGAAGUGGCUCAUCUCUAUAGUACCAAGUCUGGAAGUAAACGAAUUUUUGCCAGUGCUUGUGUGCCAACCCCUCCUGGAGAAUCUGACAUCUACAGCCACGAACAGCUGGUCAGUGCUCUCAGCCAGCUGAUUGUGGACAACAUGGAAGUGCAGCGCUGGCUGUUUAAAAUGAAUGACGAAUCUGGAGGGAACGGCACUGCCUUCUGUGAUAUUAUCUUGCAUUUGGAGUGCUACCACUGGGUUCUAAAGGAACGUCAGAAGCACAGCCCUGAGACAUGGAGUAAGAAGUGGGCACACGAGCCAGCUUUGGUGAAGAUCUCCCAGGAGCUGCCGGGCCUUUUAGCACAGCACGUACAGCCAGUCAAUGAGAAACGAUUCCCUACAUGGGAAAAAUUCCUCCAAACAUUUCUUAGUCAAGGUGGUGUGAUAGAAGCCUUCCCGCUCUCAGAAAAUGUCACAAACCUUACAGUGGAUAUGCUGAUAGAGCCAACGGGUGAGAUAAAAGUCGUGUCGUCAGGAGACCAGCUCCAUGCUGACGGACCUCUGCGAUCAUCUGGCACUACCAUUCCACAAAGUUCUGUUGAUCCAGCAGUUCUUAAUUCACUCUGCUUAAAAAUUGGAGAAGCCUGUAAAUCGAAAGGAGUGCUUGGUUACUUCUCAGUGGAUUUUGUGACCUUCAUUCAUCCACAAACAAUGGAACAGCAGGUAUGGGCAACAGACCUUGACCUUUGCUAUAGUGACCAGCUGGCCUUGACUCAGCUCACGCUGUAUGUGUCAGAUGGAAACCUGGAUUGUUGCUCUGGCCUUUCUGCAGUACCUCUUGGUUUGAGGCAAAUGAAAAGCCAAUGCACUCAGCUCAAGGAGACAAAAACACCUUCUCCAGGAAGCAGCCGCUGUGCAGUAGCAAGCAGUCAGCUGAGGCACUCCAGUCUUUCAGUCAUCUACUACAGUGUUCUCCUCCAGAUGUGUAAAGCUCAUGGUAUUGGAUUUGACCUCCAGGAAAAACAGGGAACUGUUUUCAUAUUGUAUGAUGAUCAGAAGCGAUACAGAUUGGGAAUGAUAACAAUCGGAGAGGAUCUCCAGGGGGUCCUCAUGACCUUUGCUCGCAAUCUCUUCAUCAUCCAUCAAGAAAUAUCAGCACCUAAUAUGCAAGGCGAGACCAAUUUUAAGAUGGCAAUUCAGGAUAUUGAAGCAAUUCUAGGAGUUACAGCAGAAAACAAACUGAAAUUGGAAGAAGAGCAUCCUUCAAAAGCAGAUGCUCUGAAAGAAUAGUUAACAGAAGAUGUUUAAGUGUUCUUUAUGCUUCUGGAAAUGCUUUCUCAUCUGUAAGAACACGUUUGGUUUUCCUUCUGCACUGGCAUGUGAAUAUAACCUGGGACAAUAAGUAUCCAUGAUUUUUGAAUACAGUAAUUACAGAAAUAGCCCUUAUUUCACAAAAUAAACUAUUCAAAAACAGAGUAUCAUAGUAAACAUCCCUAACAUGUUUCUGUGGAACAAACCUUUCUGUUCCUAGAAUCAAAAAUCCUAAGUGAGAUUUGCUUUGCUAACAUUCCCAUAGAAGUGGUGUACCCAGACCUCAUGAAGUAUUCCAGUAAUUUUGUCUCUGGUGUUAUAAAAUAAAAAUGCCACUCUCUACAUUUUAAUGCUUCCCUGCGUGUAUGUAGAGAUACCAUCCUGUAUUUGUCACUAGAUCAGAUCACCAGAUCAUUCCUGAUUGAAAAUAGCCCUGGGAUCCCAAACUCCCUUUUGAACCUACUGUCUACUAAAAUAAAGGCUUCCAGCAGAGGAGUAAGUCCUGGGUUCUUCUACAUGUAAAUAAUUCACUUCAUUGCUUUCUUAUCCAGAAGUCCAGCAUCUCAGGUUCCUCUUUAGAACUGAACGUCUUUAUUGCUAUCAUUCCUGUAUUUUAUUAUCUACAAGCUUUUGCAGCAGUUAUUUUAUGCUCAGUUUCAAAUUAUGAAAAAUAAUAGUAAUAACAUUGGUGCAACAUUAGAUUCUGAGAAUCACGUUUGUACUAUAAUUCCCAGUAUGCUGUGACUUUUGCAGACCUCUUCAUCAGAUAUAUUCUGCAUUUCAGAUACUGCUGACUUGUUCGUCAGAAUUAUUGUGUGUUUUACAUUGAGAACAACUGCUACAUUUGUACCUUUGUCCAUCAGAUCCGUAACCUUAUCCCAAAAGAAAACACAUUCUAAAUUAUACUGUAGAAGAGCUCAUCUUUCUCCCUUGGAUGCUUAUUAUUGUAUUAUGCAUGGCAAAAUGGACUUACUACCCAAAAACCUCAGGCAAAAUCAGUUUUAAGACAAAUUAUUAAUGUGAGCAAGCAAUGAGAGAUCAGCAUCUACUUUUUCCAGUGCCUCUGAGUCUUUGACCUAUCAGUUUCACACACAGCCUUCUGUGUUAAUGUUUUUCUCUUCUUCCUUAGUCACAGAAGUAACUCCUUGCAGAUGGGUUUCAACUAAAAAUCUAAGCAUAUUUUUGUUUAAUUCUUGUUUGUUCUUGUACCUUUUUUGAUAUCAUCUCAAUGUUGUCUUGUUUUUUUUCCACAUAAAUUUUACACAGAUUUUUGUAAUAUGAAAUUUAGCCAGUGAACAUACUUCCUAGAAGUUUUCAUGGUUAGUAAUGAAAACAACAUAGGUCUUUUGGGCUGUGAAAGGUAUAGCAGAGAUCUCUCACUUGCCGAGAAAUAAUUUGCUAAGAAAACAUAGUAUAAUUUCUCAUUUGUUCUUCUAACAAGAUGAGCUGUUUUUGUUCUGUGAUCUUCUUCGACAAGCUACAGACUAAUAUGCAUUUCUUACCUUCUCCUCACUGCAUUCUGUUUUAGUGCCAAGCUACCCUUCAAGGAUUUUUCACCUAGAGCUUGAUCUCCAAGCUCUAUUAAUGUCCCAGUUUGGUCAAUUAAAAAAAAAAAGAAAGAAAAAAGCAGAAACCUGGGGUAGGAGGUAUAGAAGAACACAUCAGUAUCAGCCUAGGAGUCAGCUAGUUUCUUAAGGGUUAAGGAAAAUUAAGCUUUGAUCCAAGCCAGAACAACAUAAGGUCUUAGAGGCUCAUUAGUUCACUGGCACUUAGUAGACUUCAGUGUCCUAGGAGUAAAUGAAAUCUGCACUUCCUUAUGUCUUUGUUCUAUUCUGACAAAAGACAACUGUACCUGUUUUUGCAGAGGACAAGUGAUCUGAAAGUUCCCGUGGUGAGAGAGAUUUCUCAGUAUGUGUAAAGUGUGAAAUGUAUUUCGAGGAAAAAAGUUUUUAAUUACUAUUAACACUUCUGAGUGUUGAGCUGAUGGAUGGAUGGAUUCACAGUCUCUCACAUUCAACUCCCAUGCUGCUGGUGCCAAAAGUGUUUUGUUUUUUUUUUUAAUACAACAGCUAUAAACUGAAAUUAUCAUUCUCCAAAAAGAAGUCAGAAAUAUAGCUAUUGUUCUCCUGACUAUGGAA